UGCUAGGCCAAUCCUGUGCUGUUAUCCAUCCUACAUUCCAUUCCAUUGAAUUCAAUUGCACACCUGUUUUGAAGAAGCUGGCAGGAAUUGAUGUUGCAUUGCAUCAGCUCCAUUGAUCACUUCUUGUCUCAGCUCUCACCCUAUUUUUAGCUCCCAAAACUGCCCGCCCAACCACUGGAGCAGAAGAAAAACCAGGAGAAGCAAUCCAGGAAAGGGAUCGCCGGAGAAGGAAGCUGGAAGAAAGCUAGAGGAAAGGCUCUGACCACAACCAAACCGGUCAUGGUCACCCUCCUCUUCGCCUUCCGGCUCCUCCCUCUCCUCCUCCUGCUCACCGCCCUCGCCGCCGCCGGCGGCGGCGAUGGCGGCAAGCCGCCAGCCGGCACGGACGCGGCGGCGCUCCUGCGGCUCAAGGAGUCGUUCUCGGACCCGAACAACGCGCUAGAGGCGUGGUCGCCGCGGUCGCCGUCGGUGCCGUGCGAUGAGACUGACCCGUGGCCUGGCGUGCAGUGCUACAAGGGCAUCCUCGUCGGCCUCCGGCUCGCGCACCUGAACCUGUCCGGCACGUUCGACUUCGCCGCGCUCGCAAAACUCCCGGGGCUCCACUCCGUCAACCUCAAGCACAAUGCUUUCUCCACUCCGCUGCCGGCGAGCCUCGCCGACGUGCGCAGCCUCCGCGCGCUGUAUCUGUCGUAUAACUCGUUCUCCGGGCCGGUCCCUGGCGACGUGCUCACUAACAUGCGGUGGCUCAAGAAGCUCUACCUCGACAACAACAACCUCACGGGCCCUCUGCCGGCCGACGCCAUCGCCGACGCUCCGCGCCUCAUCGAGCUCCACCUUGAGCACAACCGGAUAGAGGGCUCUGUUCCGUCCAAGCUCCCGGCAUCGCUCCGGCUGUUCAACGUGUCCCACAACCUUCUCACCGGUGAGAUAUCGAGCGGCGUCGCAAUGCGCUACAACGAGUCCGCGUUCGCCGGGAACCCCGGCCUAUGCGGCGCGCCAGGGAGCAACCCCGAUGCAUGCGCGGCCGCCAACCCGGCGCCUGAACCGAUGCCGCCACCCACGCCUGCGGACUACUUCGCCGUCGAGGAGGAGACCAGCGUGUUCGUGGUGAUCGGCAUCAUCCUGCUCGUGAUCUUGCUGGUCACCGGCGCCAUGGUGCUCAUGCUGCUGCAGGACGAGAGAAAGAGAAGCGCGACGGCGUGGGACUACUACAGCGGCACCGGCGCCAGCAAAGGCAAGGCCGCGGUGGCGUCGACGGCGCCGCACGCCGCGGAGAUGGUGGCCGUGGACGUGGGUGGCGGGUCUUCCAGCCACGGCGGCUCCCGCGGCGGCCGGCGGAUGGGCGAGUUCGUUCUCAUGAGCGAGGACAGCGUCCCGUUCGGGCUGCCGGAGCUGAUGAAGGCGUCUGCCGAGGUGCUCGGCAACGGCACCCUCGGGUCGGCGUACAAGGCUGCCAUGCGCAACGGCGUCACCGUCGCCGUGAAGCGCAUGCGCGACAUGAACCGCGUCGGCCGCGACGAGUUCGACCAGCACCUGCUGAUGCUCGGUGAGCUCCGCCACCCCAACGUGCUCCCCCCCAUGGGCUACCACUACCGCAAGGAGGAAAAGCUCAUCGUCUCCGAGUACAUGCCCCGCGGCAGCCUCCUCUACGUCCUGCAUGGGGAUCAGAGUCCAAACAGGGUGAUCUUGGACUGGCCGGCGCGGAUGAGGGUCGCCGUCGGCGUAGCGCGCGGUUUGGCGUUCCUCCACGAGAAGCUCGGGAUACCGGCGGGGCGGCUCGUCAGCAUGGACGGCGCCGACUUCGACGCGCCGACGCCGCCUCCUCCGCACGGGAACCUCAAGUCGGGCAACAUCCUCCUGGACGCUGACCUGGAGCCGCGGCUGGUGGACUACGGCUUCUUCCCGCUAGUGAACUCGCCGCAGGCGCCGCAGGCCAUGUUCGCGUUCCGGUCCCCCGAGGGCGCCACGCGCGGCGUCGUGUCGGCCCGGUCCGACGUGUACUGCCUCGGCGUCGUGCUCCUGGAGCUCGUCACGGGGAGGUUUCCCUCGCAAUACCUCCUCAGCGCGCGCGGCGGCACCGACGUCGUGCACUGGGCGACGGCGUCCGUGGCGGAUGGCAGCGAGCGGGAACUGGUCGACCCUGCCGUCGCCGCGGGCGGGGGCGAUGCCGCCGUGAGGUUGCUCCGGGUCGGCGUCCACUGCGCCAGCGCUGAGCCGGAGUGCCGGCCCAGCAUGGCGGAGGCGGCCUGGAUGGUGGAGGAGAUCGCCACCGGCGGCGCGCCGUGAUCACUCACUACUCGUCGCUGCAUGGGAUUGGGAUGAGUACGUGGUACGUCAUGCACGGGUGCGCAUGCAUGCAUGCAUGCGUGUGGAGCUCGAUCGUCAGAUCCUGGCCGUUGAUCACAGAUGAUGAGAAGAAUGUGAGAGGGGAUAUGAUUGCGCUGCGUGUACAUUAAAGGCCUUCAUUUGUAAAAAAAAUAAGGAAAAAUAAAAAAACGAACAAAGACAAAGGAAAAAAAAGGACCUGCGGGUGUAAGCGUGCCAUUUCAAAAUCUAGGAGCCUUUAAGAAAAUAUUUCUUCUA